AUGUCCUUAUUGCAUCCCAUCGCCCAUCAGUGGAAAGCCUCCCUCCCUCCGACCCCCAUGUACGACCACACCUUGCAGUCGCAGACUCCAUUUCACUUGGACACACAGUCAUCUCUGCAAUAUUUCCCAUACCAAUCACAAUCGUCACACCCCCCAACUGCAUUUCCACCUUAUCCUCCCUACUCUCACAUCUAUGCUCGCCCUCAACAACCCCAGGACGCCAUUCACGACGCACCUCCUGCUUGCUACAACCCUGCUCCUUCCUACUCCAGCUUCCAUCAGGACUUCCCUGUUCCCCCUGUGCACAAGCAAACGGUGAUACAUGCUGCAUCUCACCUUGCUGGGCUCAGCGCUCCCAUGGACGCUCCUCCCCUGCCGACAUCAUCGCAACAUGCUAGCAACGCGGGCUACGACAGGCCUCCUUGCUACGACGUACCUGGUCCCUCGCGCCUACACCCUUCCAUCGCGCCGCCUCGUCCUCCUGCCUCUCAAUCUGUUGACAGCGCUGUUGCCGCUCUUUGGCCGGAGUAUCAGGAGCCCGGUCAAUCCUAUCUGACUCCUUCAGAUCCCUCCGGUGGACAAGGAGCAGCAGGGUUGUACUCUACCACGACACAGAGAGCUAGAGAGCAGCAGCAGCAGCGAGACAAGACUUCCUUGGAUGCCUGCAUGGACGACCCUUUCCGAGCAGACUUUCAGCAGACGAUCCUCUCGGCGACGGAGAUGGCGGGCAGUGGGCAGCUUACAGACAGCUCGAGCUCAGCUGAGUCCGACGGCAACGAAGGGGCUCGAGCAGACGCAGCAGGAGGAGCAGGGGGGAGGAAGCAGAAGAAGCGAGGAGAGAAGGGAUCUGCCGCGGGUCACUCAAGGCACUGGAAGGAGGAGGAGCACGAAACCUUCUUGAUGGCCCUCAAGAAGCUGAGUCCCGAGACUCUCGCUAGUGACAGUGGAGGGCUGGGGCCAGGUAUUGCCGAGCUGAUCGCCGCGGUUGUCAAGACGCGAACAGUUUCUCAGGUGCGGUCGCACGCUCAGAAGUUUCUGAUCAGGUGGAGGAAGCAGCGGGAGGGGCCGGGACAAGGGAAGUGA